AUGGUGGGCUGCUGCAAUGAAUUGAAUGCCGGCUAUGCUGCCGAUGGGUACUCACGAUCAUCUCCAGCUCGGGCUGCAGUUGUAUUUGUCACCUUCAUGGUAGGAGGGCUGUCGCUGCUCAACGCAAUUGCCGGUGCAUAUUCCGAACGACUGCGGGUCAUUGUUGUCUCCGGGGCUCCUCCAACCGACACAUUUGGACAAGAUUGUUUGAUUCAUCAUACGACUGGGCUGAAAGAACGAGACCAGGCAAUCCGAAUGUUUGAGCAUGUGACUACAGCUUCCGUCCGUCUGGAUCUCAAAGCAAAUCCGGCAUCUGUCCUGGAUCAGGCACUUCUCCGUUGUCUUGAGAACUCACUUCCGGUUUAUAUCGAGCUCCCGGCUAAUCUUGCCGAGUACCCAUGCGACAUUCCCAGACCGCUCAUCCUCUCGCGACAACGAGGAUCUCUACCUAGUCUAGUUCAAGACGCAUUAGAUCUCUUUACCAGGUACUGGAGGGAAGCACAAAGCCCGGUAAUACUUGUUGGACCACUUGCGCGACACGGCCUACCCCGGGAUACUCUGCUUUCUUUUAUCGAGAAGUUAGGAUGUCCUGUGUUCUGCCAGCCCGACGCCAAGUCCCUAGUCCCUGAAGAACAUCCCCAGUUUCAGGGUACUUUCUGGGGGUCAAUUUCGGACCCAGCAUGCAUUGAUGUGGUGAUGAAUUCUGACUUGUGGGUUGGGAUCGGGACACGUUCGUCCGAUUACAACCUGGUAAAGAGGCCCACCCCCCCGAUGUUAGAUCUAAGCCCUGAUCAUCUUCGGGCACCGAAGGGUAAUUUGAUCAGUCCUGCCACAAUGGCUGAUCUAUCGGAGCGUAUUGUCCUUUCCAAUCUCACCGGCUACUGCAUGGAGAGCCACAAUUCCGCCAGCCAUGAGGUAACCCCCUCGAACGGGACAAGUAUGGAGAGCUCUAUUAGCCAGCCCCUAACGAGAGCAGGAAUUUUGAAGUCAAUCCAGUCUUUACUACAACCUAAUGAUACCCUGAUAGCGGAAACUGGUGACAGCUGGUUCAAUGCGCAGAUGAUCAAACUCCCGCCCAGGGUAGACUAUCAAAUGCAGAUGUUAUAUGGUUCUAUCGGAUGGAGUUUACCAGCAGCAAUGGGUUCUCAACUUGCCCGGCCAGAAGGGCGUUCUGUCUUAAUGAUUGGGGACGGGAGCUUCCAAAUGACAGCUCAGGAGUUGAGCACGAUGAUUCGAUUGAAAAUGAACUCCGUGAUUUUCAUCUUCAAUAACAUGGGAUACAGAAUUGAGAGUGCAAUCCACGACGGUCCAUAUAAUUACGUCAGCAAUUGGAACUAUGCUCUCUUUGCGGAGACCUUGUGCAAUAUAUCCCACAGCCCUGGAAACGGGAACAACUAUCUGACAGAUGUGGAAAGAAGAGACCAAAACAAUCCAGCUCUAUUUGCGAUGCGCAUCAGGACCCACGACGAUUUACUAUUGGCGGUGGAUCGUGUUCUGAGUGAGUCAAAUAAGCUGGCAGUUCUCGAGUGCUGCAUUCAUCCCUGGGAUAUAAGUGAAGCUUUAGCUCGAUUUGGUCAGGCUGUCGGCCAAAAAUAA